AUUUUGUGCAUACAUCAAACUUUGGGUGGGAAAAAGAAUUGUAUAAAGUACCCUCCUGUAAAACCCUAAGCGGUGGAGGAGAGGUUUAGCAAUCGGUUUCUUUCGCUCUUCCUCUUGCGAUGGAGAUACAAAUAAAUUUAGGAAAUUUGCCCUUUGGUUUAGAUUUUCAUCCCUCGAACCAGCUGGUAGCUACUGCUCUUAUCACUGGCGACCUUCACUUGUACCGUUACAGUGUUGACGCCCCACCACAGAAGUUGUUGAAUGUUCAUGCACAUGAGGAAUCCUGCAGAGCCGUUCGAUUCAUUAACGGUGGACAAGCAAUUGUGACAGGUUCAACCGACCGCUCGAUUUUGGCCACUGAUUUGGAGUCGGGAUCACCUAUUGCCCGUCUUGAAAAUUCCCAUGAGGAUGCCAUAUAUAGUUUGAUCAACCUGACAGAGUCUACCAUUGCGUCUGGCGAUGAUCAAGGCUGCAUUAAGGUAUGGGAUACCAGACAACGUACCCUCUGUAAUUCCUUUAAUGCUCAUGAGGACUAUGUUUCAGAUAUGACUUUUGCAUCUGAUGCCAUGAAACUGCUGGGAGCAAGUGGAGAUGGUACCCUAUCUGUUUGCAGUCUACGAAAAAAUACAGUCCAAAGUCGGUCUGAAUUCUCUGAAGAAGAGCUAACAUCAGUUGUUUUGAUGAAGAAUGGUCGUAAAGUAGUAUGUGGAUCACAGAAUGGAACUUUGUUGCUGUAUUCUUGGGGAUAUUUCAAGGAUUGCAGUGAUCGCUUUACUGGUUUAUCUCCCAAUUCUGUUGAUGUGUUAUUAAAGCUUGAUGAAGAAAGGGUUAUUACUGGAUCUGAGAAUGGCCUCAUCAGCUUGGUUGGCAUUUUACCGAACAAAAUCAUUCAGCCGAUUGCGGAGCAUUCAGAAUAUCCGAUUGAGGGCCUUGCCUUUUCUCAUGAUAAAAAGUUUCUUGGAAGCAUAUCACAUGAUUCAAUGUUGAAGUUGUGGGAUUUGGAUGACAUAAUACAAAGUUCUGCAAAUAAUACAAGUCAAGCUGCUAUGGGAGAUAGCAACAGCGACAGUGAUGUUGAUGACAUGGAAGUAGAUAACAAAGGCUCAAAAAGCACAAAAGGUAAAAGUGCAAAUAAAGGAAGCAAUUCACAUAGCUUUUUUGCGGAUUUGUAGAUGGACGGGCGGCAUACUACUAUUAUAUUUAUACCAACUCAGAAGACAACUUAAUCUCCUAUAAUGAAUUAUGUUUUACCACCAUAUGUACCUUGUAUGGACUUCAUUUAUUCGUAGCACAUGGUCUCUACUUGGCAUCCUCAUGCCCAAGCAGUGUUCUCUGUGCAUUUUUGAGUGACCUUGUUUUUUAUUUGAUCUUUAUAAACUUGCAAAUUUUAGUUUUGAUAA